AUGGCGGAAGACACAGUAACACGAGCCUCCAACAACAAGAGGGCCGUCGACCAGGUCGAGUACCCGUCCAACAGCCUCCCGGGCCUGAAAGAGAAGGAUGCCCUGGCCGUUGCCCAGGCCGGCGGCCAGGUGGUCGAGUCGCUCAUCUUCGAGAUGGAGCAGGAGCUCACCGCCGCCGGCGGCCUGAGGAAGGGCUUCUUCGACCUGCAGUUUAAGGACCCCCGCCACUUCACCUGGGUCAUUGUCGUCUUCGCCUCCAUGGGAGGUCUGCUCUCCGGUCUCGACCAGUCCCUCAUCUCCGGCGCCAACCUGUACCUCCCCAAGGACCUGCACCUCGACACCCGUCAGAACAGUCUGGUCAACUCUGGUAUGCCCCUGGGCGCCGUCGGCGGUGCUCUGAUCCUCGGUCCCUGUAACGAAUGGUUUGGACGACGUGGUUCCAUCAUUAUCUCUACUAUCCUGUACACUAUCGGUGCUGCUCUCGAGGCUGGUGCCAUGAACUUUGGUAUGAUUGUUGGUGGUCGUGUUAUCCUUGGUCUGGGCGUCGGUCUCGAGGGUGGUACCGUGCCUGUCUACGUCGCCGAGACCGUCGAACGUCGGAUUCGUGGUAACCUCGUUUCGCUAUACCAAUUCAACAUCGCGCUGGGUGAAGUGCUCGGCUACGCUGUGGCUGCCAUGUUCCUGCGGGUCGAGGGCAACUGGCGAUACAUCCUCGGUUCCUCCCUCGUCUUCUCCACCAUCAUGUUCUUCGGCAUGCUGUUCUUGCCCGAGUCGCCUCGCUACCUGAUGUUGAAGGGCCGCACGCUCGACGCGUUCAAGGUCUGGAAGCGCAUCCGUGGUGUCGAGACCGAAGAGGCCAAGGAGGAGUUCUUCGUCAUGAAGGUGUCUGUGCUCGACGAGCAGCACUCGGUGGUCGAGGGUGCCAAGAACAAGAACAUGCCCUGGAUGGACUUCUUCACCGUCCCCCGUGCCCGCCGUGCGCUCGUCUACGCCAACAUCAUGAUCCUGCUCGGACAGCUGACCGGUGUGAACGCCAUCAUGUACUACAUGUCGGUCUUGAUGCACCAGAUCGGAUUCGACGAGGAGAAGGCCAACUACAUGUCGCUCGUCGGUGGUGGCUCGCUCCUGCUUGGUACUAUUCCCGCCUGUUUCCUCAUGGAGAAGUUCGGACGCCGAUUCUGGGCCAACGCCAUGCUUCCCGGCUUCUUCGUCGGUCUCGCCAUCAUUGGUGGCAGUUACUACAUUGACGUCGAGACCAACCCCAACGGUGCCAUCGCCUGCUACCUCGUCGGUCUCAUCCUGUACAUGGGAUUCUUCGGAUGCUACGCUUGCUUGACCUGGGUCGUGCCCUCGGAGGUGUACCCUACCUACCUGCGCCACUGGGGAAUGACCACGUCCGACGCCCUGCUCUUCCUCGCCUCGUUUGUUGUCACCUACAACUUCUCGGCCAUGCAGGAGGCCAUGACGCCGACCGGUCUGAUGCUCGGCUUCUACGGCGGCAUUGCCGUGCUGGGCUGGUUCUACCAGCUGCUGUUCAUGCCCGAGACCAAGGACAUGAGUCUGGAGCAGAUCGACCUGCUGUUCGAGAAGCCGACCAAGGAGAUCGUCGCCAUGAACCUCAAGAACACGGCCCAGGCCAUGAGCAACUUCUUCCACUUCCGCUGGACCGCCAAGAGCCAGGAUGCUGCCCGCGCCGCGUCCCCGCCCGCCGGAGGCAUGAUGGAGAAGGACGAGAAGGACUCGAUCUGA